AUGUAUUCGGUUGUCGAAUUCAUAAAUGACAAGACUGUGGCCGUGGUGGCUUCAGCCUGGUUUUACGACGUGGGCAGCGUUAUGUGGCCUAAGAACCACAAAGAGCGGGCCGUCCUGCUGAAUAAUAACAGGCGGCCACCAUACGGCACCAAAGUGUACGCUGUUCGGCUACUAAAAAGUGACCUGACACUGCUGAAGGCCAGACAGCUGGUCCGGAAAGCAGAGCUGUCGGACAAUCUUUCUAGCUCUGAGCCGGGCGAAUUAGGCAGAGGGAUGAGGAGAAAGUAUAUGUCCCAUACUGUUAAUAUUUCUUUGCAGGUAUGUCAGCAGGCAGACGUCGGAUUCAGACGAUGAUGGCGAACCACUUUGUCGUCCGAGACAGCUACUUCGUCGGCCAACACCACCACGAAUAUUACAGUAAGCAUAAUUAUCUUUAAUUAUUCGUACGCCAAGAAUGGACGAACAGAUGCCCCACCUCUUCUCUCAGUCGAGUCACCCUACGCCAUCGACUUCAUAUCGGUAA